AGCGACCCUCCUCGCGAAUCCCUCUCCUCUCGCUGCCCAAGAGAUCCCUUCUCCAAAUUCGCAGCACCCACAUAGCAAUCCAUCCACAUUUGAAGCUUCUUCCCUCCUCUUGUUCUUCCAUGGAACUUGACAGCGAUCAGGGCGACUGGGACUCCGCCGUCCGGCCUCGCUACGCAUCGCCAUCGCCAUCGCCUCUCAAUUCCACCAUCUCAGGUCUGUACGAGGAUCACGAGCGGCAGCAGCAGGAGUCGCGCGGCCUGGAAACUCUGGAGCUGAUCCUCCAGAAGAUCCUCCGGAGCUUGAGCGCAUUGGCGGACAAUUUCGAUCGGAUUCUGAGCUCGUACGAGGCGGCCAAGAGCGAGGGAGGCAGCGUUUGCUGCUGGAGGGCAGUGAGAAGCUUGCGAGAUGGAGCCUGGAAGAGAUUGAAGGGGCUUAGAUCCGCGCGAAGGGAUCCCAGCUCCCUGUUGGUGUGCUGCAUUUUAGUACCUCUCGUGUUCUUCCUCCUCGUCGGGCCUAGAACACGAUCGUUUCAGCCCAAGGCAUCUCCAGACGAUCGUCAGAAAGCUCGAAUCCCACCCAGGCGGAUCCAAUUGCCGGACGGUAGAAACAUCUCAUACCGGGAAGAAGGUGUCCCUGCCGAUCAAGCAAAGCGCACAGUGCUCGUUGUUCAUGGAUUUCUCUCAUCGAGACUAGCAGGAAUUCCCGGAAUCAAUUCUUCGCUGCUCGAUAGCUAUGGUGUUCGUCUUGUGGCUUACGACUUGCCAGGAUUUGGAGAGAGUGAUCCUCACCACAACAGAAGUUACAAAACCUCGGCCUCGGACAUGAUCAGCAUCGCCGACGCUCUCGGUUUUGGCGACCAGUUUUGGAUCCUGGCGUUUGAUGGAGGUGGUCCUCACGUUUGGGCUGCGAUUCACUACAUUCCAGAGAGACUAGCAGGUGUUGCUAUGGUUGCUCCGGCGGGAAAUCCAUACGGAGGAAAUCUCACCUCGAGCGAAGCGGCCAAAGCCUGGAAGGCCUGGUCAUUCCGGAGAAGAUUGCUCCAUUUCUGUGCCAGGAAGUUUCCAUCUUCACUUGGAGGUUUUCUCCGGAGAACUCUCCUGGAGAAGAUCGACAGGCUUAGCAGAAGCUUGUAUGCCACCUCGAGAUCAAAGGACCGAGCUCUUUUCGAGCAGCAGGAUUUCAUGAGACUAUGGGAAGACGACGUCCGGGAAUCCAUGAACCAGAAGCGAGCUUUCUCGCUGGCCCAAGAGCUAGUCUUGCUGGUUAACAACUGGGGAUUCGACUUGGGCGAUCUCAAGCGAAAGAGACCGCCCGCCGGCGAUGGAAUCGUGAGCAAGCUGCGGGGCCUUUUCUCUCAAGAACAGUCGGAUCUCCUCGGCUUCCAGCGACCAAUACAUAUAUGGCAUGGAACUGACGAUGUAGUCGUGCCGAUUGCGAUGAGCGAGUUUGCGCAGCGAGUCCUGCCUCACGUAAACUUCCACAGGUUGCAAGGCGAGGGCCACUUCUCGUGGUUCUAUCUCUGCCAGGAAUGCCACACAGAUUUGUUCAAAGCCAUGUUUCCAGAUGAAUAGCCAUGGAAAGAAGAGAUCGAUUCUAUUUC